GAGCGAAUGGCUCCUUGGAAGAGCCUGUGGCUUGCGAACUACCUGGUGUUCCUGCUGGUCCUGAAUGUAGAGAUUGUGGUGCCAACAGCCGACCAGUACGCGCAGACACUGGGUGCUGGUGAGACCUUCAGUGGCCUGGUCAUUGCCCUGACUCCCUUCUUCCAGGGGCUGGUGGGUAUCCCGCUGAACUACUGGAUGCUGAGGUCCGGGAUUUCCUUGAAGACCAUCCUUAUUGUUAUGGUGGCCUGUUGCAUUCUGGGAAACAUACUCUACGCCCUUGCUGGCCUCAUGCGCUCCAAGUUUGCCAUCCUCGCCGCACGGACCAUCAUCGGAGUUUGCCAGUGUCAGUUGGGAGGGCCCAUCUACAUUGCAAAAGCCGUCGGGGUGAAGAAAAGGACGAAGGCGCUCUUCAUCUUCUCCACCUUUGCCACGCUGGCCUUCACAGCUGCGCCGCUGCUGGCCGCGCUCUUGGAAACCUUUGUGAAGGAGCUUCGGAUUGAGAACCUGGUCCUGGACUCUGACACCAUCCCCGGCUGGUUCAUGGCCUUCCUUUAUUACCUCUUCCUUCUCAAGCUGGUUUUCUUCUUUGAGAACCCAAAAGAUGACGUGCAGUCUGCCAAGCACGACACAGCGGAUAGUCAGGAGAGCCUCUGGAACCGCGGCUUCUUGGUCUGCAUCUUCGCAGCUUUUGCUAGCGCCAUGACCAACACGAUGGCAAUCGUCUUCUUCGUGAAGUUGGCAGAAAAGACCUGGGGUUGGAGCGUGUCCCUGACAGCUUUCGCGCUUGCAGGAUUCAUGGCGGUCGUGUCGCUGCUGUCCCUCAUCAGUAGCAGACUGGUAAAGCUCCUGGAAGAUAGGAAAGGUUUGCAGUUGAGCGCUUGCUUGGGUGCAGCUUGCUCCCUGAUCACAUUUCCCUUUUCACGCGACUGGCCGACAGCAGCGAUAACCGUCAUGUUCAUUGGCUUGCUGCUUGUCAAUUCUUGCGCUUGCGUUGUGAAGAACUACGCCUAUGCACUAGCUCCGAAGAUCGUGGCACCAUGCUUCAAGGACCGAGCUGGAGCAGUCAACAUGAUUUCGCUGAUGCUGGGCCGGGGUGCUGGAGCGCAGCUAGGUGCGAUCCUGACAUCGAUCAGUUUUGCAACUUCCCAGCUCUGCACCUACUUGUUCCUCUUCUUCCUUUCAUGGAUGUUUGCCGCACAUCUGAAGCAACAUGCCAAGGCCACUUAA